AUGUCUAAAAUCACUGCUGCUCACGUUCGUGAAAACGUUCAAAAAUUGUUGGAAUUCUCCAACGAAACCAAAAAGAGAAACUUUUUGGAAACCGUUGAAUUACAAGUUGGUUUAAAGAAUUACGAUCCUCAAAGAGAUAAGCGUUUCUCUGGUACCUUGAAAUUACCUCAAGUUCCAAGACCAAACAUGACCAUCUGUAUUUUUGGUGAUGCUUUCGAUGUUGACAGAGCUAAAUCUGUUGGUGUUGAUGCUAUGUCUGUUGAUGACUUGAAAAAAUUAAACAAGAACAAAAAAUUAAUUAAAAAAUUAGCUAAGAAAUACAAUGCUUUCAUUGCUUCUGAAGUUUUAAUUAAACAAGUUCCAAGAUUAUUAGGUCCUCAAUUAUCUAAAGCUGGUAAAUUCCCAACUCCAGUUUCUCACAAUGAUGAUUUAUACUCUAAAGUCACUGAUGUUAAAUCCACCAUUAAAUUCCAAUUGAAAAAAGUUUUAUGUUUAGCCGUUGCUGUUGGUCACGUUGAAAUGGAACAAGAUGUCAUUGUUAACCAAAUCAUGAUGGCUGCUAACUUCUUGGUUUCUUUAUUGAAAAAGAACUGGCAAAACGUUGGUUCCUUAGUUAUUAAAUCAACUAUGGGUCCAUCUUUCAGAAUCUAUUAA